GAACGCAAUCGGCGUCCACAAAGGUAAACUGCAAAAAAAAAGGUGAACUGCAAAUAAAGAACUCACCCGUCCUCUCCUCCGUGGAUCAGCGUGUUCCCCAAACCAAACCCUCGUCCGCAGCAGGCAGCGACACAGAGCCGGCGCAACCAUGGUGCUCGAGUCAACGAUGAUCUGCAUAGACAACUCGGAGUGGAUGCGGAACGGCGACUACGCGCCGUCCCGGUUCCAGGCGCAGGCCGACGCCGUGAACCUCAUCUGCGGUGCCAAGACCCAGUCGAACCCGGAGAACACAGUGGGCGUCAUGACGAUGGCCGGCAAGGGUGUGCGCGUGCUCGUCACGCCCACCAGCGACCUCGGCAAGAUCCUCGCCUGUAUGCACGGGCUGGAAGUUGGAGCUGAGGCAAACUUGGCUGCAGCCAUCCAGGUUGCUCAGCUAGCACUAAAGCAUCGCCAGAAUAAGAGGCAACAACAGAGGAUUAUAGUCUUUAUUGGAAGCCCUGUGAAAUACGACAAGAAAGUUUUGGAGACAAUAGGGAAAAAGUUGAAGAAGAACAAUGUUGCGCUUGACGUUGUUGAUUUUGGUGAAACUGAUGAUGAAAAGCCAGAGAAACUGGAAGCACUGAUCUCUGCUGUGAACAGCAGUGAUAGCAGCCAUAUUGUCCAUGUCCCUCCCGGUGAAAAUGCCCUUUCUGAUGUUCUUAUAAGCACUCCUAUCUUUACCGGUGAAGAAGGUGGGAGUGGUUUUGCUGCUUCUGCAGCAGCUGCAGCAGCUACAGGAGCUACUGGAUAUGAUUUUGGUGUGGACCCAAAUGUAGAUCCAGAGUUGGCACUUGCCCUACGGUUGUCUAUGGAAGAGGAGCGAGCAAGGCAAGAGGCUAUUGCGAAAAAGGCUGCAGAAGAAUCUUCUGGUGAAACCAAAGACCAUGCCUCGAGCUCAAACAGUGAUUCUGUUAUGGCUGAAGCAGAACCUGCCUCAAAUGCUUCAGCUGAUGAUAAGAGAGAUCUACCAAAGGAAGAUGAAGAUGCUCAGCUACUACAGCAGGCACUGGCGAUGUCAAUGGAUGAGGGUGCUUCAGGAGCUGCAGCUGUGGCAGAUGCUGCUAUGGCAGAAGCUGGUGCAGAUGAUGAUGAAUUGGCAUUAGCCCUUCAAAUGUCUGUCGAGGAUACCCAGAUGUCUGGUCAGUCUGAUAUGACCAAGGUGUUUGAAGACAGAUCAUUUGUGACAUCCAUUCUUAAUUCACUUCCUGGUGUUGACCCCAAUGAUCCAUCUGUGAAAGAUCUGCUGGCAUCCUUGAAUGGCCAAGGGGAGCAAGAGGAGAAGAAAGACAACUCCGACAAGCCGAACACCCCAGAAGACGGGAAAAACUAAAGCAUCUUUGCAGCUUCCCUGCUUUCUGAGCAUUGAAGGUUACCUGCCUUAGCUGCUUCUACGAUUGGUCGUGGGUUUACUUAUCCUCCUGUAACUUGACCAUAACUUAAAUGCCGAGAGAAUUUGUAUUAUGCCUUUUCCCACAAACGCCCCUCCAUGUAUGUUCGCAGAUUCGUUGUUACUCUCUGUUUAUGUUCAAAGUGAAACUGAUAAUUUGCCAGCAUUAUGACCGUCGAUAAGAA